GCGCGUCAGCGUGUGCACAGGCGCAGUGAAGCUCAGGCGGAGUUGUGGGAGGAGAAAAGGAAGACGCAGAGUGGGGGCCGGACCGGUCCCAGAAGAUGGCGGAGGCGGGGGUGAGUUAGGGUCCUCCUGCGAAGCACCAGUGACUCGAUCCUGAGGCAAGUGGCCUGAGGAAGUGGAUAGCCUUCGGGGAGAGGAACUGCUGGUGAUUUUGCAUUCUAGGAACCCUGCUGCCAAGGCGGGGAGCCAGGAGUGCAGAUGGGGCCUGAAGGCCGAGGGCUUCCCCUCACCUGGAGACUGGUCGGAGAGGAUUGAUGAAGAAAUGCUUUAAGAAGGAAUUGAUAGACUUGACAGCUGGGUCACUGGAACUGACCCCGAUCAGUACUGCAGUGGAGCUGAGGACUGCAGGGAAGGCACACUCCGGUUCUGGAUGCAGGAAGAAUGAAGGCAGCCAAACAGUAGUUAGAAUUGUUUUUUCCAGCUUUUGGGUUUAGCCUUCAUAUAAACCUGUGAAAACGAAGAGGAUGCUGACACUAAUAGGGUUCCCACAGGAAAAGAUUAACCAUGAUUUCUGGUAGGUCCUGUUUUUGGGACAAGAUGUGGUACUGUUGAAACGCCAGUCUGCUUUGAUUCACAGACACUUGUCUUUUCAGCUGGGAAGUCUUUUUUUUUUCCCCCCCCAGCUUACUGAACUUAUGAAACCAUGGCGGAAGGAGAGACAGAGUCACCUGGGACCAAAAAGCGUGGCCCCUAUAUCUCAUCUGUGACUAGCCGGAGUGUAAAUUUGAUGAUUCGAGGAGUAGUGCUGUUUUUUAUUGGGGUAUUUCUGGCAUUAGUGUUAAAUUUACUUCAGAUUCAGAGAAAUGUGACACUUUUUCCACCUGAUGUGAUUGCAAGCAUCUUUUCUUCAGCAUGGUGGGUACCACCAUGCUGUGGCACAGCUUCAGCUGUGAUUGGGUUAUUAUACCCCUGUAUUGACAGGCAUCUAGGAGAACCACAUAAAUUUAAAAGAGAGUGGUCCAGUGUAAUGCGGUGCGUAGCUGUCUUUGUUGGUAUAAAUCAUGCCAGCGCUAAAGUGGACUUUGAUAACAACAUACAGUUGUCUCUCACACUGGCUGCACUAUCCAUUGGACUAUGGUGGACUUUUGAUAGAUCUAGAACUGGUUUUGGUCUUGGAGUAGGAAUUGCUUUUUUGGCAACAUUGGUAACUCAACUGCUAGUCUACAAUGGUGUUUAUCAGUAUACAUCUCCGGAUUUUCUCUAUGUUCGUUCUUGGUUACCCUGUAUAUUUUUUGCUGGAGGCAUUACAAUGGGAAACAUUGGCCGACAACUGGCAAUGUAUGAAUGUAAAGUUAUCGCAGAAAAAUCUCAUCAGGAAUGAAGAAGGCAAAAAUAUUUUUCUGUACAGAAAAACAGGUCGAAAAGGGCAUGUAAAUGAUAGAUAUACCGACGAAACUAUGGACUCUAAAAUUGCCAGGAUGCAGUUUUUACCUUGAUUGUCAUACACACACACACACACACACA